AUGUUUGCCGCGCUCCGAAACACGACCGCCGCCUCGUCGUCGUCGUCGCGGUCCGCCUUUGCGGCCUCGACGCUGCCGGUCCGCCGCACCUUUGCCUCGACCGCCCGCGCCGCUGCGCAAAAGGGCAAGGUGUACGACACGGCCGACGAGGCCGUCAAGGACAUUCCCUCGGGCUCGACCGUCCUUAGCGCCGGUUUCGGCCUGUGCGGCACGCCCGAGACGCUCAUCCAGGCCAUCGAGAGGCAGCCCCAGAUCAAGAACCUCACCGUCGUCUCCAACAACGCCGGCACCGGCGAAAAGGGCCUCGGCAAGCUGCUCAAGUCGAGGCAGAUUUCCAAGAUGAUUUCGUCCUUCAUCGGCGCCAACAAGUACUUUGAGAACCAGUACCUGACGGGCCAGGUCUCGCUGCAGCUGACGCCCCAAGGCACGCUGGCGGAAAAGUGCCGGGCGGGAGCGUACGGCAUCCCGGCCUUUUACACGCCGACGGGCUACGGCACGUCUGUGCAGACGGGCGAGCUGGUGGUCAAGUACCAGGAGCGCGCCGAGGGAUCCAAGGAGCCGCUCAAGCCCGCCGAGAUGGCCAAGCCCAAGGAGGUGCGCGAGUUCAACGGGCGCAAGUACAUCCUCGAAGAGUCGAUCUUUGCCGACUACGCCAUCAUCCACGCCUGGAAGGUCGACGAGGCCGGCAACGCCGUCUUCCGCUACGCGGCCAACAACUUUAGCGCCGCGUUUGGCAAGAACGCCAAGACGACCAUCGUCGAGGCCGAGGAGAUUGUCCCCGUCGGCGCCCUCGAGCCCAACGAGAUCCAGCUGCAGUCGAUCUACGUCGACCGCAUCGUCCGCGCCACGGCCGAAAAGGAGAUCGAGCUGAGGACCGUCUCGGACGCGCCCAAGAAGACGUCGUCGGCGGCAGCCAGCGGCACCGAGGCCGACGCCGCCGCCAAGCAGGCCGCCAAGGAGCGCCGCGAGCGCAUCGUCACCCGCGCCGCAAAGGAGCUCCAGGACGGCGACUACGUCAACCUCGGCAUCGGCAUGCCCUCGAUGGUGCCCAACUUCCUGCCCAAGGGCGUCAACGUCGUCCUGCACUCCGAGAACGGCAUCCUCGGCAUGGGCCCCUACCCCAAGUCGGCCGAGAUCGACGCCGACAUUGUCAACGCGGGCAAGGAGACUGUCACGCUGCUCCCGGGAGCUUCGACCUUUGACUCGGUCGACUCCUUUGGCAUGAUCCGUGGCGGUCACAUUGAUGUGACCAUGCUCGGAGCCCUCCAGAUCGGCUCCAACGGUGACCUAGCAAACUAUAUGAUUCCCGGAAAGGUUGUCAAGGGGAUGGGCGGAGCGAUGGAUCUGGUGUCGAGCCCUGACCACACCAAGGUGGUGGUGCUGACGGACCACGUCGACAAAAACGGGCGGCCCAAGAUUGUCGACGAGUGCAAGCUGCCGCUGACGGGCAGCCGAUGCGUGACGACCAUCAUCACCGACCUGUGCGUCUUCACCGUCAACCGCAAGCAGGGCGGCCUUACGCUCAUCGAGCUGAUGCCCGGCGUCACCGUCGACGAGGUCAAGGAGAAGACGGGCGCGCCCUUCAAGGUCGAGCUGCGCGCCUAG